UCCGUUUUUGGCUGACCGGAGUUCAGCGGUUACGUAUCCGGGAUCAGUCGGAGACAGUCAGCUGACAGCAGGCUCAGUCUGAACUCUCCUGAUUAACAACCAAAGAUUAUUUUAGCAGCCUAAUUAUUUGUAAACUGACAGACAUGACAGCAAAUCCACCCAAGAUAAAGACGGCGAUAAAUACUAAUGAAAGGUUGAAAAACUUAAAAAAUAUAUUUGAAACAAAGUAUGGCGAAUCUCCUCUCUUCUAUGCAUGUGCACCCGGAAGGGUAAAUCUAAUAGGAGAGCAUAUUGACUACUGUGGCUAUUCUGUACUUCCAAUGGCCAUAGAGCAGAAUAUCCUAGCAGCUGUGUCUGUGAACAAUUCAGGGACCAUCCAGUUGGCCAACAUUAAUCCUCAGUACCAAGAUUUCAAACAAUCAUGCCCAGAAGACAUCACCAUAGACCGAGACAACCCAAAGUGGUAUUAUUAUUUUCUCUGUGGAGUUAAAGGUAUUCAGGAGAGGUUUGGGAUCACUCGUUUAGCAGGGAUGUCGUGUGUCAUUGAUGGAACCAUUCCUCCAAGCUCCGGGCUGUCCAGUUCAAGUGCCUUAGUUUGUUGCUCAGCCCUCAUAACAAUGGAGGCAAAUGAAAAGUCCCUCUCCAAGGUCUCUCUUGCUGAGAUAUGUGCCAAAUGUGAACAAUACAUUGGUACAGAGGGAGGAGGCAUGGACCAGUCUAUAUCCUUCCUGGCAGAGAGAGGAACUGCAAAGCUGAUAGAGUUCCAGCCUCUGAAGGCCACUGAUGUCAAGCUACCAGAGGGGGUUGUGUUUGUUAUUUCCAACUGCUGCAAGGAGAUGAAUAAAGCUGCUUCUUCUCAUUACAACAUCCGUGUGGUGGAGUGUCGGAUUGCCACAAAGAUGCUGGCACAGGCACGGGGUCUGGAUUCAAGCAGGUUGCUGAAGCUUGCUCAGGUUCAGACAGAGCUGAAGGCCUCACUGGAGGAGAUGCUGGCUCUUGUGGAUGAGGUGUUGCAUCCUGAGCCGUACAGCCGUGAGGAGAUUUGCAAGGUGCUGUGCAUCACUUUGGAGCAGUUCUCCACAGACUUGCUGAGCGCCAACACUCAGGAUGUAACACACUUCAAGCUUCACCAGCGAGCCAAGCACGUCUACGGUGAGGCUGCCCGUGUGAUGAUGUUCAAAAGUGUGUGUGACUCUGGACCUGCAGAAUCCAUACAACUCCUGGGAGAGCUGAUGAACCAGAGCCAUGCGAGCUGCAGAGAUCUGUAUGAGUGCAGCUGUCCUGAACUGGACCAACUGGUGGACAUCUGUCUGAAGUCUGGGGCUGUUGGUUCCCGGUUGACAGGAGCGGGAUGGGGAGGCUGUGCUGUCUCCAUGGUUCCCAGUGAGAAGAUAGAGUCCUUCUUACAAGCUGUCAGAGAAGCUUACUUCCUCCCUGACCCACGCCGAGCAGCGAUGGAAAAACAAAGUUUGUUUGUAUCAAAGCCAGGUGGCGGAGCAGCAGUUAUCUUGGAAGAAUAAAAUGCUUCAACAUGUGUAUUAGAAUACACCGAUGACAGAAAAUAAGGGAUUAAUUCAGCAAAUCAAAAUGAUUUCAGUUUACUCUUUAAGAUUAUAAGGGCCAAAAAUCAUCAGUGGUGCUUUAAUUUUUUUUUUUUUGUAAUGAUUUUCAUAAUUAUUGAGUUUUAACUUUCUGUCUCAUCUAAGAUCACCCUGUCAUGUAAAAAACACACAAAUUGUACCGUAUGAUAGCCAUCAAUCUUUUCUUAAAUGAGAAAUACAUUUUAGAAUUUAAUGUUAAGCUACAAAAAUUAUUAAUACUUGAAUUAGAUGAAUAUUUUUAGGCUUUACAUGUGUAUCACUGAAGCAAUAACACUGAGUUUUGGCCUCUGCACAUUUCUUGCAUAAUCUGACAGCUGUGACAGUAAACAUUCAGUGAUCUGAGGAAAAUCUAAUCGACUCUACUCAAACUAACUGGUCAUGAAUCCAGACAUCCUCCUGUCACUCUUUCUGUUUAACGAUCUACUUAAAAUGUGGUGUGUAAAAUAAAAUAUUUUGUCAUU